GGAGCCGGGCGCGCGGGCGGGGCCGGCGGCGGGGCGGGCAGGCCGGGGAGGGUCGGCGCGCCCGGGCCCCAUUCGCCGGCCGCGGGCCUGCGUGCGCCGAGGGGAGGGUCCCGCCGGUCCGCCGGGCGGCGACUGGGCUCGGGGCUCCGCGCAGCCACUGUCCGGGGAGCCGAGGAGCCGCCGGAAGCGUCUGCGCCGCCGGCGCCCCCGCAGCCAGCAUGCGCCCGGAGGACCGCGGCCUGAGCGCCCCCGCGCCCCCGCUGCCCGCCCGCCGCGCCUCGGCGGAGGAGGCCUGAGCGCCCAGCCAGCCGUCGCCAGCCCCGACCCCCGGUCCCCGGGCGCCCCCGGACCCCCGCCCCGCCGCGGCCAUGGGGCUGCCCACCCUGGAGUUCAGCGACUCGUACUUGGACAGCCCGGACUUCAGGGAGCGCCUGCAGUGCCACGAGAUCGAGCUGGAGCGCACCAACAAGUUCAUCAAGGAGCUCAUCAAGGACGGCUCGCUGCUCAUCGGCGCGCUGCGCAAUCUGUCGAUGGCAGUGCAGAAGUUCUCCCAGUCUCUCCAAGACUUCCAGUUUGAAUGCAUUGGUGAUGCCGAAACAGAUGAUGAAAUCAGCAUCGCUCAGUCACUGAAAGAAUUUGCAAGACUGCUCAUUGCAGUAGAAGAAGAAAGGAGAAGACUGAUCCAAAACGCUAACGAUGUGUUAAUUGCGCCACUUGAGAAGUUUCGAAAAGAACAGAUAGGUGCCGCAAAAGAUGGAAAGAAGAAAUUUGACAAGGAGAGUGAGAAAUACUAUUCCAUUCUUGACAAGCACUUAAAUCUGUCUGCAAAGAAAAAGGAGUCUCAUUUGCAAGAGGCAGACACACAGAUCGACCGAGAACACCAGAACUUCUAUGAAGCUUCGCUGGAGUAUGUCUUUAAAAUUCAAGAGGUGCAAGAAAAAAAGAAGUUUGAAUUUGUUGAACCGCUUUUGUCAUUCCUGCAGGGUUUAUUCACCUUUUACCAUGAGGGCUAUGAGCUCGCCCAGGAGUUUGCACCGUACAAGCAGCAGCUGCAGUUCAACCUGCAGAAUACGAGGAAUAACUUCGAAAGCACCCGGCAGGAGGUGGAGCGGCUGAUGCAGAGGAUGAAGUCGGCCAGCCAGGACUACCGCCCACCUAGCCAGUGGACCGUGGAAGGCUACCUGUACGUGCAGGAGAAACGGCCGCUCGGCUUCACGUGGAUCAAGCACUACUGUACCUACGACAAAGGCAGUAAGACCUUCACGAUGAGCGUUUCAGAAGUGAAGUCCAGUGGAAAGAUGAAUGGCCUUGUCACUAGCUCGCCAGAAAUGUUCAAAUUAAAAUCCUGUAUCCGACGGAAAACAGAUUCAAUUGACAAGCGUUUCUGCUUUGACAUAGAAGUCGUUGAAAGGCAUGGCAUCAUCACCCUGCAAGCCUUCUCUGAAGCCAACCGCAAGCUCUGGCUAGAGGCCAUGGACGGGAAAGAGCCGAUUUAUACCCUUCCUGCCAUUAUCAGCAAGAAAGAAGAAAUGUACCUGAACGAAGCAGGGUUCAACUUCGUGAGGAAGUGCAUUCAGGCAGUGGAGACAAGAGGCAUCACUAUCCUGGGCCUCUACCGCAUCGGAGGCGUCAACUCCAAGGUCCAGAAGCUUAUGACAACCACAUUCUCCCCCAAGUCCCCCCCGGACAUGGACAUCGACAUCGAGUUAUGGGACAAUAAGACGAUAACAAGCGGGCUGAAAAACUACCUCAGGUGCCUUGCGGAGCCGCUGAUGACUUUCAAGCUGCACAAGGACUUCAUUGUUGCUGUCAAGUCUGAUGACCAGAACUACCGGGUGGAGGCCGUGCACGCCCUGGUGCACAAGCUGCCGGAGAAAAACAGAGAGAUGCUGGACAUCUUGAUAAAGCACCUGGUCAAAGUCUCACUACACAGCCAGCAGAAUCUCAUGACAGUCUCAAACCUGGGGGUCAUAUUUGGCCCAACGCUGAUGAGAGCACAGGAAGAAACCGUGGCUGCCAUGAUGAAUAUUAAAUUUCAGAACAUUGUGGUUGAAAUUCUCAUAGAACACUAUGAAAAGAUCUUUCACACGGCCCCGGACCCAAGCAUCCCUCUGCCUCAGCCCCAGUCUCGCUCCAGCUCCCGGAGGACACGCGCCAUCUGCCUGUCCACGGGCCCCCGCAAGCCCAGGGGCCGCUACACGCCGUGCCUGGCAGAGCCGGAUAGCGACUCCUACAGCAGCAGCCCAGACAGUACCCCCAUGGGGAGCAUUGAGUCUCUGUCCUCACACUCCUCUGAGCAGAACAGCACCAGCAAGUCAGCCCCCUGCCCGCCCAGGGAGAAGUCGGGGGGCAUCCCCUGGAUUGCAUCCCCAUCACCCUCCAACGGACAGAAAAGCCUCUGGACCACGAGUCCUGAGUCAAGUUCCAGAGAGGAUGCAACCAAGACGGACGCAGACUCUGACUGCCAGAGCGUGACCUCUGUCACUGGCCCUGGGGACGGCUCCCCACCUAGAGAACUGGCCAGGAAGGGGUCCGGCGGGCUCUCGGCUCCCUCUCUCCGCUCCAUCCCUGCGGCCGAAGGAAACAAGAGCUACAGCGGAUCCGUUCAAAGCCUUACGUCCAUAGGUUCCAAAGAGACCCCCAAAGCCCCAGUGAACCCAGAUCUGCCUCCAAAAAUGUGCAGCAGGUUAAGGCUGGACACCGCGAGCAACGGCUACCAGCGGCCAGGCUCCAUUGUGGCAGCGAAAGCUCAACUGUUUGAAAAUGUUGUUUCCCCUAAGCCAGUUUCUUCUGGGCGCCAAGCCAGAGCCAUGUACUCCUGUAAAGCAGAGCACAGCCACGAGCUCUCCUUCCCGCAGGGGGCGGUGUUCUCCAACGUGUACCCAUCAGUGGAACCAGGAUGGUUGAAGGCAACUUACGAAGGCAAAACAGGACUAGUCCCAGAAAAUUACGUUGUCUUCCUCUAAUACUAUUUAGUGGAUGGUAGAAUCUUCAUGGUAUCCAUGGUAACAGAUAAGUGCUGUGAUUGUAUCUGACACAGAUAUGGGGGGUCUGCACAGGGAAUCAAACAGUCCACUUCUCUCCAGUCUCCACCAGCAGACAGUGUAGCUCCCUACCAAUGGAGGAGAAACUGUGACCACCAUAUCCACUCUUUGGCUGGUUCCUUAUUCUAACAUCCCAUGUUUGUUUGUUUAUUUGUAAAAUCUCAAUACUGUCUUUAGUACCACAUCCCAGAAAUUUGAAAGAAAAAAAAAAAACCUGCUGUAAGGAGUCUGAGAUCUGUUCUUCACUGUCCGAGUCUCUGAGGAACCGUGGAAUCAUUACUUAAAAUGUGAUUCAAAUAAUUCUUUUAUGUUCUCAUAAAGACAUGCUAUGCUUAUUAUAUAUGCUUGUCUUGCUGGUCCUAAACAUUUCAGGAAAUACAUUCUGUUUUAUAUUUAAAAGCAACGAUGUUUAUGAUGGCUGUAAGACCCACACAGACCUCACUGAGACAGGUGCCAAGAGGAGGCAGUUUAUCCUCCCCAUGCCUGUGGCACUGCCAUCCUGACCCAGCACCAGGAUUUCUGGGCCCCGCGUUCAUCAGGAGCUGGUUAGCCUGUGGCUGCUGGGUUCCUGCCCACUGGUUUAGAGGGUGUGUAAAGCCCUUCCCCAAAGAGACUGACAGUGCUAACUGCAGACAGAACUCAUCCUCACACAAGCCCAGCACUCCCUCCCUCCUCAGGGUGGCCAUCCUUGAAACAAGCAAUGCAAGUGCUUCUCAGACCGUGCUUUCACUUGAGCCCAGAUCUGAGGAUGGUUUUUUGCAUCUGUAACCAGCCACAGAUGGUGCCUUGGUUUACAGCCGCUUUUCCUAUAGCUACACGCUGAGAAGAUCACGGCGUGCUGCUCCACGUCACAGUCUUGUGUGUAAACGGGCCCGAGACCACAGGGAGCACCCGGUCCCCACUGUGAUGUGACUGUCUGAGAGGGCAGCUGUCUUCCUGCUGCCGGAACGCCCCUGGAGGAGGCAGCCCAGUGGGUCUGUGCUGCUCAAACCGGCUGCUCCCCGGGUUCUGAGCCCACCUGUGUGCCGAGUAGCCCAACUGGACUUACAGUUAGAGCUAGAACAACUUAGAGGUUUUGUUCUCUCAAUAUGUGAUUUCUUAGCUGUUACUAUGGCCUUAACGUUACCAGAAAGGAACCCAAAAAUCAUAAGGUGGGGAGGUGUUUAGACUCACCUGUUGUCCAGAAGCUGCGUCUUCAUGAACGGUUUCCCAUUUGGACAACUCACCUUUUUUUUUUUUUUAAUUACUGAUUUAAUAAAGAUCAACAAGACUGUGGCAUAAGAAGGGUACAAUUCCCACCACCCCUCCCCCUGAUCGAUAACACACUUUGUAUUGUUAUAAAUGAAACAUUUCAAAAAUGCUAAUGACAAUCACCACAAGCGGGUCUGCAUAUCCCAGACCACACUCUGGCCCCAUGUCUCCCACACCCCUACUUCACAAAGAACACCACAGGCUCAAUGCUGAGCUGAAACCCUUACAGAUUAAAAAAUACAGGGGGUUAGGCAGGAAGAUGACUUUUGAAAUCCAGAAUCCUAUUUAUAGACUGCUAAGAUUUGAGGUACUAUAGUUUAUAUGAAUAUUAAGAUAUAUUUCAGUACUAGGACUCUCUGCAGCCAUUAAGAUGAGUAAUAAAUAUAGAAAUGAUUGUCAGUAAAUUAUCAUUGAAUUUUUUGUUUAUUUUGUAGUGUUGCUGUAUUUAUCUGCACUUUGUGUAUAUAUACACACAUUCAUUACACAGAUAUGUAAAUAACCUCAUUAUUUCUAAACUACAUUGCCACCAUAUGUUCACUGUAUGUUUACACUGUUUUAAAUUUAAAAAUAAACCAUGUAAGCACA